AUCUCGAUACUCAAGUUCGAUCCAUUCAAAACUCCCCACACGAAAGUGGGGUUAGGCGUCUUAUUUGUUUGCAUCCUCAGCCUCAUUUAUUGUCCGCUGCAGCCUGAUAUCCAAUUUAAACAGUCUUUGACUCUGCUUGACUUCUUUAAGUCAAUUUACUUGUGACAAUGAGCUACCACAUGGUCGAUAAUGACGAAGAGCAACGAAAACUUUACUGCGGAAACCUCUGUGACAAAGUUACUGAAGACAUUCUCUAUGAGCUAUUCCUACAGGCGGGUCCAUUGGAAAAAGUUGUCAUGCCAUUGGAUAGGAAUGGAUCUAUGGCUGGAUAUGCUUUUGUGACUUUUAAGCAUGCCUGUUCUGUAUCUUAUGCGAUUGAGUUGUUUGAAGAUACUAGUCUGUUUGGCUAUUUUCCCAAGCUGAGAGCAAGAAAUGUACCCAAUCAUAACAGAAGUCAGUCCAUGCCCAUCAGAUUUGAUCAAAACCCAGGGAACUAUGACAAUGGGUAUAAUUCUCAAGUGGACUUUGACAGCCUACUGCAGAUGAGCACAAAUAUGCUCAAUACUCGAGGUGCACCGAUGGGAAUGGGACCACCAAUGCGUCCACCUAUGGGAAUGGGACCACCAAUGGGUAUGGGUCCACCAAUGGGGAUGGGUCCACCCAUGCGGAGAGGCCACUCAUUGGGUGGUCAACCACCACCACCUGGAGAAGAAGAGCCCGGCAACGAUCAGCCAUGUAAUGAAUGGGAUAUGAAUCGAGACAAAUUGACUCAAAGCAGUCUUCAGGGCAACUGGUCAGCUAGAAAUGCUUCCCACAUGCUACCUGAUGAUAGAAGACGGUCCGGACACCACUCAAAGAGAGAGAAUGACCACAGAGGUCGGAGAGACCAUAGAAGUUCAAAUGACUCUGGCUAUAGAAGUGGUGGCUAUGAACGAAAUGAUUAUGAUCAAGGUGGAUACAAUCGCAGUGGAUAUGAUCAAGGCGGAUACAAUCGCAGUGGAUACGAUCAGGGUGGUGGAUAUGACUCUGGUGGUUAUAAUCGUUCUGGAAAUAGGAACUAUGGAAACCACAGAGGUCACAGGAAUAAUUGGGAUGACAAUGGUGGCCACCGAAGUAGGUCAAGUGAUCCUCGUGAAAGAAAAGGAAGGUAUUGAUAGAUGACAGUUUAUUUUGCCCUUGAAACUAUAUUGAACAUUGUCCAAAGUUCCAUCUCUCCCUCUCUCUCUGUUUCCAAACAUUCCUUUUUCUUGAGGUUCAGUUCAAUGGUGUUGUUUGAUUUUCAAGUGCUUCAUUUCUGAUCGCUGGUAAAAGAUGUCAGUGGUUUUAAAGUGUCCUUUUAAUUUUUGUACUCCAACUAUUCAGAACUGCAUGUUUAUCUUGUUUGGUUGUUUCUGUUCUUAAAUUUAUUAUUAUUAUUAUUUGUGAUAUUUGGCCAUUGAUGACUAUAGAACAUUAUCAACAGAAUUAUAUUCAACUUACAGAUUUUCUUAGAAA